AUGUCAAUGCCGAUAGAAGAGAGUUCGAUGAUAAAUGCUGAUAUAGAAAAUGAUGUCACUAGCAGUCACGGGAAUUUAGUUGAAACUGAGAGAGUUGAGGAGACAACAGGAUGGAUCAAAUGCAGGACUGUGUUGGGUAUCAUGGGUUUACUAGGGUUUGCAAAUGUUUAUGCGAUGCGUGUGAAUCUAUCGGUGGCGAUUGUGGCCAUGAUAAACUCCACAGAGCCACUGCCUUCCAAUGACACCACAUUGGAUGUUUGUCCAACAAGCUUACCCAGUAAUAAUACUAUUCCACCUAAACAAGGGGAAUUCAACUGGACAGCAGAACAACAAAGUAUAAUACUUGGAUCAUUUUUCUAUGGCUAUGUUUUAACACAGAUUCCAGGAGGACGCAUUGCCGAGAUGUUUGGGGGCAAAUUAGUAUAUGGAAUCGGAGUCUUGUUAACAGCUGUAUUUACAAUACUCAGUCCAAUAGCUGCAUAUAUAGAUUUUAAGUUUUUCAUAGUAGUGAGAGUGUUGGAAGGCUUGGGUGAGGGUGUGACGUACCCGGCGAUGCAUGCUAUGUUGUCAAGAUGGAUUCCACCAUUGGAAAGAUCAAAGUUUGCCGCCUAUGUUUAUGCUGGUUCUAAUAUCGGUACAGUAAUAUCUCUGCCGAUAUCAGGUUGGCUGUGUACAUUAGAUUUUGCUGGUGGUUGGCCGUUGUGUUUCUAUAUAUUUGGAGGUCUGGGUAUCAUAUGGUUUAUUGCGUGGAUGUUCCUGAUAUAUGACACACCUCAAAAGCAUCCGAGAAUUUGUCCGAAAGAAGUUGAAUUUAUCACAGAAAGCAUUGGAGUUCAGGAAGAGCAUAGACAAUCGAUUCCUUGGUGCAAAUUUUUAACGUGCCUCCCGUUGUGGGCUAUACUGAUAGCGCAGUGUGGACAAUCAUGGCUGUUCUACACUCAGCUGACAGAACUACCAACAUACAUGAACAAUAUACUACACUUUGACAUCGUAUCUAAUGCUCGUCUUCUAGCGUUGCCAUAUUUAUCGUCAUGGGUAGCUGGAAUAGGCAUCAGUGUGUUCGCGGACUGGUUGUUAGCUAAGGGUUGGAUAUCUAGACUGAAUAGUAUGAAGCUCUGGAAUACUGUAGGCUCGUUCAUCCCAGCGCUGGGCUUGCUGGGUAUAGCGUGGGCCGGCUGUGAUCGUCUGUCUGUUAUGUUGUUAUUAACUAUAACGUCUGCCUUCGGUGGAGCCGUUUACGCUGGUAAUCAGAUGAACCACAUCGACCUGUCGCCUCAGUUCGCGGGCACCAUGUACGGUAUCACUAACGCGGCCAGCAACAUCUGCGGGUUCAUGGCGCCAUAUGUUAUAGGACUCAUUAUUAGUGACACACAGCAAACACUAGGACAAUGGCGCGAAGUGUUCUACUUAGCGGCUGCCAUUGAUUUGGGAGCGAAUCUGUUCUAUUUGUUCUUCGCUAGUACUGAAGAACAGGACUGGUCAAGACCGGCAAUAGAUGACCUCACAGUCUCAGCGCCCGUUGAAAGUCUCAUGUAUCCGGAGUUUUAG